AUGCAACGGAGUCACGGGUGGGCACGCAUCUUCAUCGAUGAGCCGUAUGGCCAUAAGAAUACUCUUGGACGAGUCAAUGAACAAACGCAAUUCAGCACUGAUAUGCCUCACUCCAAGCGCUUUCAUCAGUCCCUCCAAGUAGGAAGAUUAACAAAAGGUUUUGCUCUUGUCACUGGAACCGACAGCUUUAACUAUUCGCUUUCU